GGCAAUGGAAUGUAGCCGUGAUCAGUAACUUUACGUUAUGUUUUCAUAACAUUUUUUGCGUAACCCCGGUGUAAAUCUUGUACGGAAAUGUUGUGUAUUGGAUGAAAUAGUGUACGGACGAACAUUACGUGUAGUGAGUGCGUUAUUUUUCUGUUAAAAUGCCCGUUGUUUUUCGGUUUGCGAACCGCACACUUUAACAAUAGGUGCGUUGAUUUUAUUGUUUUUCGCGUUUUACAACGAUCGUCGUUCUUCGUAGUGCAACAAUACUUUAAUAUAUGGGGAAUACGAUAUGUAAGAGAUAUUAUAAAUAAUGGUAUACAAUCUCUUUUAUGUCAGAUUAUGAUUGAAUCCGAAAUGGAUCAACGGGCAAUGUGAAUACGUUCGACGACUCUACACGAACUUCAGUUCGAAACAUCACCACGGGAAGUGCAAUGAUGAUAAUGAAAACAUCAACGAUGAAUUGGCAAACGUGCAACAGAAUGAGUAGAAUGGCAUUAACAACCCUUCUAAUAUUAUUAUUAUUAGAUGGAAUCGUAGACGCUACUCAACCGAGCAACGCAAAAUUUUACACGAUUCAUUGGAACUCGUCUAACCCAAUUUUCAGAAUAGAUAACACCGAUAACGUGAUCGACGUAAAUCGAGACAACUCGAAAUUCGAAUUCGAUCAAGUCAACUUAAUUUGUCCCGUUUACACACCACACACAAAAAACGAAGACGAUAUGGAAAAAUAUAUUAUUUAUAACGUUUCGAAAGAUGAAUACGAAACGUGUCGGAUAACGAAUCCUAAUCCUCGGAUAAUAGCAGUUUGCGAUAAGCCGUAUAAACUAAUGUAUUUUACGAUUACUUUUAGGCCUUUUACACCGCAACCUGGUGGUUUAGAAUUUUUACCUGGCCAUGAUUAUUAUUUUAUAUCAACGUCGACUUCCGACGAUCUUCAUCGAAGAAUCGGGGGGCGUUGUUCAACCCACAACAUGAAAAUGGUGUUUAAAGUUUGGGCGCCCGCCGCUUACGAUACAACAAUAAAACAACAACAACAACCAUCCGUGACAAUUACAAGACCAGUCUGGUCUUCAAUACCACCUAUGCUGAGAACACCAUCCACGAUCUCAACGACCGUUUCAACGACGACGACAUCCACAUCUUCAACUUCGACGAUGAGUACCACGAAGAAAUUUAAAACUUACGAUAAACAUCCGAAUGAUGUCUUAAAAAGUGAAGAACUCACUUUGAGUGCUCAUAGUUGUCAUGCGAGCACCGUUGUGUUUAUCGCAAUGCUCGCGAUUAUAUUCGCGUUACGAUGAAACGAAUAAUUCGUUUUUCUUUUUGUUGUGAGUGUGUCUCUCUCGGUGUGUACGCGGCCUAUCGGUGUGAUUAUUUAAUAAUAAUAAUGGUUAUUAUUAUUUAAAGAAAUUGAGUUAAAAAAAAUUAAGGUAAUAAU